UAAAAAAUUGAGAUCGAUGGCUCUGAAACUGAAGACAGUCUCCUCCUUGUCCUUAAACCUCCCUUCUCUUCAAUCCCAUGGCAUCACAUCUCCACGACACUUCAUGCCCUCUACUCUUUCUAUUACAGCCAAAGAGGUCGGGAAUUUAAGGAAGCUGUAUUGCCGUCGAGGAGACGUAUAUGGUGAAGUUACUCAUUCCAUUCCACCAGAGAAGAUUGAAUUAUUCAAAUCCUUGGAGGGUUGGGCUGAGCAGAAUGUGUUGGUACACCUAAAGCCUGUUGAGAACAGUUGGCAACCAACAGAUUUUCUACCAGAACCUGAAACUGAAGGAUUCUACGAUCAAGUCAAGGAAUUGAGGGAAAGAGUUAGUCAUCUCCCUGAUGAGUAUUUCGUUAUAUUAGUUGGUGAUAUGAUUACAGAAGAAGCCCUUCCAACAUACCAAACAAUACUCAACACACUUGAUGGGGUUCGGGAUGAGACUGGUGCAAGCCUCGGUUCUUGGGCAACUUGGAUAAGGGCUUGGAGUGCGGAAGAAAAUAGACAUGGUGACCUUCUCAAUAAGUAUCUUUACCUCUCUGGACGAGUCAACAUGAAGCAGAUUGAGAAGACUAUUCAGUAUCUCAUAGGAGCAGGGAUGGAUCCUAAAUUUGAAAAAAAUCCCUACAAUGGAUUCAUCUACACAUCCUUCCAAGAGAGAGCAACAUUCAUCUCACAUGGUAACACGGCAAGGCUGGCCAAGGAGCACGGAGAUGUGAAACUAGCACAAAUAUGCGGUAUUAUUGCUGCUGAUGAGAAAAGACAUGAAACUGCGUACACAAAGAUCGUGGAGAAGCUCUUUGAAGUAGACCCGGAUGACACAAUGUUGGCUUUAGAUGGGAUGAUGAGGAAAAAGAUUAAAAUGCCAGCACAUUUGAUGUAUGACGGGGAAGAUGAUAAUAUUUUCGAUCACUUCUCAGCUGUCACUCAACGCCUUGGAGUCUACACAGCCAAGGACUACGCAGAUAUUCUAGAAUUUCUUCUAGGAAAAUGGAAUGUGGAGAAGCUGACGGGUCUCUCCGGUGAGGGGCAUAGAGCUCAAGAUUUUGUGUGUGAAUUGCCUAGGAGGAUUAGAAGAUUGGAAAAUAAAGCUCAGGCUAGGACAAAACAAGCUAACACUAGUGUUAAUGUUCCCUUCAGCUGGAUUUUCGGAAGAAAAAUAAGGGUUUAAUUAAGGGCAGAAUAUGCAUGUGU